AACUCACAGGUCCAAUCUCAGAAACCCAACUCUCAAGAAACCAAAAAAGCAAAGGAAUUAGGAAUCAGCAAAAGCCCCCAGUAGUGUGAGUUGUUGUGACUCGAAAUCCAAGCCAUGGCUCUCGAAGCUUACGCCUCUCGAAACCCAGACGCAGUCCACGCCGACGUGCUCUCUAAAGCCAGACAAGCUUGCUACAAGGCUCGCGAUGCUUUCUACGCGUGUUUGGAUAAGGAAUCCAAUAAGAGACCCACUGAAAUCGCUUCCGUCGGGCUCUUAUACCCAUCUGAAUGCAAAAACUCCAGGGCCGAGUUUGACAAACACUGCCGUGCUUCUUGGGUGAAGCAUUUUGAUAGGCAGUACUGUCGGAACAGGAGGGUGCAGAGGCUUUUGGAUGACAAGGACUCGAGGCGAGGGGUUUAAAUCUUGACUUGGCCCCUAAAGAAGAUGGAAGCUAAUAUCAUUGUCUGUUACUGCCUUACUUGGUGAAAUCUUGCAUACCUUAUUCAGCUUAGAGGAAGGGCUCUAUAAUGAUAUAAGGAGUCUGUUAUUGUUUGGCAUAUUUUGUUGUUGCCAAUGAUUGGAAUGUUGUGUAUAUUGAGAUGUAUUCCUUCUGUAAAGACAAAACGCAUUUGUAUUUUAUGAUGUUAAUUUUACUUCAAUUGUUGCUAUGCU